UCAAAACACUCUUAAGAAGCACCAACUGCUCUCUCGCGGGAUUAAGCAUUCUUUUGCUUUUCGUCAACUUCACCAAUCCCUCCGCAGAUUUCAGGAUGGUUAGCGCGAAAGAAAUUCGUACAAUCAUCGGAAUUAUUGGGACUGUUAUUUCCAGUUUGAUCUCCCUUUCACAACUCCCAAAGUUUAUACAGAUUUACAAGAAGAAAUCGGUGGAGGAUUAUACACCGUAUCGUCAUGUGGGGUUGGUGACAAAAUAUAGUUUGUGGGUUUUGUAUGGUCUUCCUCUUAUCUACAAAGAUGGUAUACUCGUCACCACUAGUAAUGGCGUUGGUUUAGGAAUCGAAGUUAUCUACUUGGUUGUUUAUAUGUUCUACUGCAGCGACAAAUCACUUAGGCGCAACACUUUGUGGUGUCUUGCAUAUGCGGUUCCUUUUGUGCUAUUUUUUUACACGAUUUCUCUUUUUGGAAUUGAAAGUUUAUCUGAUCGACAUACGUUCAUUGGUAUUGUUUGCAACCUUUCAUCAGCAAAUUUGGAUUAUAUAAUUUACAUGACCUACGAGUACGUACCCGUGUGGUUGUCUUUGGCUAGAUUUAUUAACGCUGAAAUUUGGACUUCUUUCUCUUUGAUCUACAAAUUUGAUAUCUACGUCCUUAUACUCAAUGGUCUCGGAAUGAUAUUGUAUGCUUAUCAACUAAUAUACUCCUCGGAUCGGCCCACCGAAACGACCCUUGGAUCCAAUCAGAUAUUGGGUUGUACACCACCUGAUCACUCCAAUGCUUGUGGACACUCUACCUCAACUGUGGACGUUGUUGUAGUAUGAAGUUUGGUUUUUGGUGUUUGGAUCACCCUUAGUGUUUGGUGCGAGUGAGGAUUUUUUUUUUGUCUCUUUCUAAGUGAAAAACAUUUACUUUUCACUUUAUUAUAAUAAAAGAUAUUCAAGUUUUGUA